AUGUCCAAGUUAGCUUCUAUGCUUGUAAAGCAUCAAGAAGAGUCCAAGAAUUGGAAAGGGUGUAUAGGGCCAAAAAUUGAAGCUAAGGUGCAGGAAAAUAUUGCAAAGGGUGCGGUGUAUCCAGUCACACCGUUCAAGAAUGGAGUAUUUGGGGUAUGUAUCGGGAGAGCCUUGUUGAAUGUAGACAUUCUGAACCGUACAUGCACUUGUAGGGGUUGGCAAAUGUUGGGAAUCCCUUGUGAGCAUGCCAUAGCCGUCAUUAUUUCCAUUGGUCAAAAUGUUACUGAUUUCGUCGAUGAUUGCUACAAAUACCUAAUGCAAGAGUUGAUAUAUGGGGGCUCUUUCUCCGACAUAGAGACCUAUGACAUGCCUACUGUGGACGAUGAUGGUUUGGUUCGAUCUAUCACCGGGGAGGUGUUCUUCUCUCUAAAGCCUCCACAUACAAAGCGCGCUCCCGAAAGGCCAAGGAAGAAACGCAUUGAGUCUCAAUUUCAAGAUAAACGAACUGUUUAUUGCUCUCGUUGUCAUAUGUCCGGCCACAACAAAAAAACCUGCAAAAAUCCUUUGCCCUAA